GGUUGCUGAGACCUUCCGCCAACGGGAAACCAUGAACGUCCGUCAGCAGCAGUCACUGUUCUUCCUCACACUUCCGGAUCUGCAGAAACUCUGCGCUGUCAGGGUGACGCUGUGCGAUGGGGUGGCAGAUGCCGAGACCAGGAGUACGCAGAUGAAAAUGUGCAGGCAGUUGCUGUUUUUGCACCAGGAUGUUCUUGCAUCACCUGUGCCUGGAAUAUUUAGCCAAAUUUGGGUGGUGAUGGCGAUACCAUUUUAUAAAGCUGGAAAACUUAAUGCCUAUAUUGAAAAAUAUGGAGCUAAGGUGGAGGCACCACAAAGAGUAAUUCCUGUAAUUCUUCAAAACUGUCUUUCGUACUCACUUGUGGCUAGACUUGCUCCAGCCUGGAAUAAAACUGGCCAUCUCUUGGUGCAAGGAAGAGAAUUUCUUUCUCAGAUGGGAAAGCAAAAUGCUGUUGUAUUCGACAUCAAUGUAACAGAAACUCAAGUUUGUCUAAGUAUAGAAGCUUAUACAAUCAGAUUGCCACCACCUGAGCUAGAAGAAUUUGAUAUUUCUCAAAGUGUUAUAAAGGACUUUGAUACUCACAAGAAUGCUGUCAUUGAGGGUCAUUCGAUUCUAAGCAACUGGUGCUACGUUUUGCCAAGUAUGAAAAUGGGACAGAUAUUAAGUAUUCUUCACACCACGCCUCCUGACUGUCCUUUUCACUCAUACAGGGAUUUCCAGAAGCACUGGGAUGACCUGUAUGGCUAUAAGCUUCCAGAAGAUUGCGGAAAUAUUCAAAUAUACUGCAGCAUCUACUUCAGAAUGAUAGGAGGAAGGGUCUUUACAUAUCCUUUACAUACCAGCCUUCACAGGUGCUCUGCCCACGUAUGA